GAGACAGCGCUGAAAGUGUUCCCUUUCCUCAAACCUACGUUGUUUUGGAGACAACAGCGCCACGCGGUGGGUGCGGGAGCCGUUACAGCGGCGAGGCGCGUUUGUUUGUCCAGGGUUUGGCUCGUGAGAGCGGGUGGCUCGAGCUGUCAGGUCCGCGAGAGGGAUAGUCAGGAGUGACAGCCGCUCCCGGAUCCCUGGGCGGACUACCACCUCCCGGAGAGAGUCAGUGGCCAUCCGCAGCUCGACUCUCUUCACAGCAUCUCCGCUUUGAGUUCAUCCUCCGUUGCCUAGAGCUGCUUCUGGAGCAGGUGAGGCUGCUUUUGUGGAAUUCACUGUGACGAUGCCAAAUAACUGGACUUGCAGACUUGCGGACAUAUUGUAAAUCCCCGGAAAGAUUUGAUGACCAAGGAUGCAUCACUGAGCUGGACUACCAGAAUACACACAUUGGGAUCUACUGGUUGGAAAUUACAAACUUCUGAAUGGAUGUUUUCACGUGUGAAGAAGAUGCUGGUCUCUUCGUCCUGCUGACGAAAUCUCGGUAGUUUCGGGUUGUCUCCGUUCCUUUUCAUUUUCCAUCUCCUGUUCUUCCAGAAAGGCCCACCUCAGCCCGAGAGAAGAUGUGACCCAGGGAAAGGAAUAAUCUGCCUGUAGCCCCCUCCCUUUCUCCCACACGUUUUGGCUCGUAGCUCCUUUCUCUCUGUCUUUCUCUCUCUCACUUGGUCUCUCUUGGAGAUAUAAGCACUCUCAACGGGGAUGGAUGUACCGCCUGAAACCAGCAAGCAUGUAAAGAAGUCCACAAGUCAAAAGCUGGAGGAUCAGAAAAAGAUCUACACUGAUUGGGCAAACCAUUAUUUGGCCAAAUCCGGGUGUCCGAGGCUUAUUAAGGACCUGACUCAUGACAUACCCGAUGGAGUUCUGCUGGCAGAAAUCAUCCAGAUAAUAGCUAAUGAAAAGGUAGAAGAUAUUAACAGUUGCCCCAAGAGUCACUCUCAAAUGAUUGAGAAUGUGGAGGCUUGUCUGAAUUUCUUAGGAGCCAGAGGAGUCGGUGUUCAAGGGCUCUCUGCUGAAGAAGUGUGUAAUGGGAAUCUGAAGAGCAUCCUGGGUCUGUUCUUCAUCCUGUCCCGCUACAAACAGCAACAGCAGCACCAGCAGCAGUACCUGCAGUCGUUAGUGGAGCUUCAGCAGCACGUCACGCAUCAGACCACGGGGGCGGCGCCAGCGAGCCAGCACAAAACACAAGACAUGCAGUCCAGUCUCACCGCACGAUAUACAAGUCCACCCGGUCACAGUGGAAUAGCAGCCCCUCAGAAGAAAAACACAAGGUUGCCAGGUCCCUCCAAAGUCCCCGCUGCAGGCAGCGGCAGUAGCAGUAGCAAAGCCCACGGAUCCUCAAACCUGAACCGAAGGAGCCAGAGCUUCAACAGUAUUGACAAGAGCAAACCACUGCAAUAUGCUAGUGGCAAUGACAGAGAGUCGGUGAAGGGCAUUCCUCUGCCAGGCAGCAUGAAUGGCAGUGGCUCGGUGCCCUCCAGCACCAGUGGGCAGCAGCUGGCCUCUGCCAUCCCCUCUCCAACUGCUGGAAAGACCUGGCGCAGCAAAUCCAUGAACAUGAAGCACAGUGCCACCUCGUCUAUGUUGGCCACCAAGCCGCCCAGCCCAACCGCUUCCCCAACCCCUCCCUCAUCAUCCGAUCACCUCCGGCCCCCAAUCACAGACUCCUCCAAAUCAGCCCCCGGAAAUCAGCGCUCCAUGUUGGAGAAAUUCAGACUCAUCAACCCUAGAUCUGCAUCCAGAACAUCACCCUCAGUGGCUGAAAUGGCUCUCCAGGAGGAGGAUGACUUGUCGGAGUUUGGAGAUGAGGGGACCUGCAGUCCUACACCACCCGGCGGGAUCUCAAAGCAGCAGGGGAAAUCCCCUGCAUCCUCCUUUGCACCCCCAAACAAGACCAACAACUGCAAGAACCACAACAACAAGUCCUUGCCCCAGCCCAAAGACAAAGAGGACAAGAACAAAACCAAGAACAAAGCAAGCACGCCACCCAAGGAGGAGCCAGUGAUAGUGGAGCCCUCUAAGAAAGGCUCCAAGAUUGCCAGCCUCAUCCCAAAAGGAGGCAAAACUUCUGCAGCCUCUGUGAAGAAAGAAAGUGUAAUCCCUGCCUCCAGCAGCAUCCCCAAACCUGGUCUGAAGGCUCCAAUAGCAAUGGCCAAGCCUGCAGCAAGCCAAUCCAGUGUGCCUGCAACUAGUGUACCUGCUACAGGUGGUGAGAAAACCAAACUUAGUAAAGGUGGUCAGUCUAUAUAUAUGCAGAGAUCCUUGGGAGGAUUGGAGAAUCGGAAGACCAGCAUGGUGUCGUCAACCAGUACCUCAGCACUUUCUGGAUCCGCCACAUCUGGGCUGGGUGGUGGAGGAGCUUUAGCAGGUAAUGGGACAGUACAACUUCCACAGCAGCAACAACACAACCAUCCCAACACGGCAACUGUCGCCCCCUUCAUGUAUCGGACAUAUUCAGAGAACGACUGCACAACUGUUGUCCCCCCUGAACCUUGCCUCAGUCCCACAAAAGACUUGGUCUACAGCAAGACCGCCAAACAGUGCCUGGAGGAGAUCUCAGGGGAGGAUCCAGAAACAAGACGGAUGCGUACAGUGAAGAACAUUGCAGAUCUGAGACAGAAUCUUGAAGAAACCAUGUCUAGUUUACGUGGGACACAGAUUAGCCACAGUACCCUUGAGACGACAUUCGACACCACUGUAACUACAGAAGUGAAUGGUCGUGGCCUCCCUGCCCUCUCGAGCCGCUCCUCCCCAAUGUCUUGGCGUCUCAACCAAGCGCCGAACCCCCGUCUUCAGGCCGGCGAUGCCCCUAGCUACACACCUCCCAGAUCCAGUGCCGGCACCACUGGUCGCUAUUGUGACCCCUCAAGGUUGUUAUACACUGCCCCCCUGAGGAGAGCGGCCGCCUCAGGGGCUCGAGGGUCAGAGCCGGGAGAGAAAGGUGGGAUUUCGGAGGCGGGGCCAGAGGUGGACAUGACCGGAUACGGUAGCGAUGGUGACAUACUCCUCAAGAAUGUGCACGCAGAUGAUAUCAGUGGGUACCACACAGAUGGGGGUCUUUACUCUCGGAAUGUCGACCUCUACUCUCGAAAUGUUGGACGCCCACCAGAGAUGACACUUGCACGAGAGGUCAUUCAGAAAGGGGUCAAAGAGAUGCAAGGGGAAGACAGUUGGGAUGACAGUAGUUCAGUCAGCAGUGGUUUGAGUGAUACUUUAGAUAACAUCGGCACUGACGACCUGAAUCCACCCACGUAUUCUGGCAUCUCAUCUCGCAAAAGCAAAGCAGCACAGUCAAAUAAAGAUACACACAGGCAUACCGAACAGGAUGCUAGCAGCUGGGCUGGUGCUGAGGAUCUGAAGACGGUUGAUGAAGAGAUGGAGCCAGGAAUGGACAAGUGGAAGACUUCAUCCCCUUCAUCCUCUUGUCAGGGUGAGGAUCUUGGCCAGAAGGCAGGUUUGUCCAUGUCUCAAACAGGCUCCUGGAGGAGGGGCAUGAGUGCCCAGGUUGGCAUCACAGCAUCACGGACCAAAGGCACGUCAGCCUCUCUCAAAACACCAGGUAAAACGGAUGAUGCAAAGGCAUCUGAGAAAGGCAAGGCCCCAUCUAAGAGCCCAAGUAUCCAGCGCUCACCAUCAGAUGCGGGCAAGAGUAGCGGAGAUGAAGGGAAGAAGCCACCCUCAGGCAUUGGUCGGCCACCUACCACAAGCUCUUUUGGCUUUAAGAAGAUUCCGGGUCCUGCCGGGACCCUCGUCACAGCCAGCGGAGCCACUCUGGCCAGUGGUUCCGCUACUCUAGGCAAGGUACCCAAGUCUGCAAGCAUCGGGAAGGGCACAGGAAUUGGUAAUGGGCGGAAAACAAGUUUUGAUGGUGCUCAACACCAGGACGACGCUGUUUUGUUAGGUUGUGGAGGUUCAAAGGUUACACUCCAGUAUCGCUCCCUACCUAGACCGGCAAAGUCGUCUAGUGGGGGAAGCAGCGUGGUGGGCCGGAGUGGCCAUCGUUCUAGCUCUAGCAGCAUUGAUUCGAAUGUCAGCGGAAAGUCUACAGGAGGGAGUGGAGGAGUGGUAGGAACCCCAACCAGCACAAAGAGAAGAGACCCUGGGAAAGUAGGAUCAGGAUGCUCAAGUCCAGUCACCAUCAACCAGACGGAUAAGGAGAAAGUGACAGGGUCAGAUCAGGAGGGAACAGGGUUGUCCACCUCGCCAAAAUCCAGUCCCACUUCCACCCAAUCUGGACUCAGACAGCCAGGCUCCAAAUACCCAGACAUUGCAUCCCCCACAUUCCGCAGGUUGUUUGGCAGUAAAGCCAGCAGUAAACCCAGUUCCCCUGGCACCCCUGACUCUGGUAAAUGCCCGUCAGCACUGGGCAGCCCCCAUGGCACAAUGGCACGGCAGGCCAGCCUGGAUUCACCCUCCUCAGGAACAGGUAGUCUGGGCAGCAUGGGUGGGCAGAGCGGAGGCAGCAGCCCUCUAUAUGGCAAAACACCCGAUCUCUGUAUUGACUCCCUGGCUUCUAGUCCGGCGUCAGGCCUCUCUCUGCCCUCUAACACCCGGCCAUGGCCACCAAACCUCAGCAGUUCAUCUGCGGGCAGUAAAGAUACACUCAGCUGCCAAAGUAUGACCAGUUUACACACAAGCUCAGAGUCCAUAGACCUGCUGCUCCCACACCACCAUGGGCCAAAAGUCACCCGCACGGGCAGCGUCAAGUCCACCCUCUCUGAGGGCAUGCCUCUUGACAGAAACACUCUUCCCAAAAAGGGAUUAAGGUACCCUCCGUCCUCCAGACAGACAUCACAUGAGGAAGGAAAGGAGUGGUUGCGUUCUCACUCCACGGGAGGACUACAGGACACAGGAAGUCCACUUUCACCACCGGGCACAACCAGUAUAAGCACUGGCAAAUACCACUACUCAAACCUGCUGAGCCCCACCAGUAUGUCGCAGUACAAUCUUCCCAGCACUAGUAUGAGCCGCUCCAACAGUAUUCCAGCACAGGACUCGUUCGAGCUGUAUGGGGAGGGACACAAUUUGGGUGGCAGUGCCACCUCGCUGGAGGAACGGCCACGUGGGAUGAGUCGGUCCGGCUCCUUCCGGGACAGCACAGAUGAAGUUCAUGGUUCUUCUCUAUCUUUGGUCUCAAGCACAUCAUCUUUGUAUUCUGCGGUGCUGGCAUUUUUAGACAAGACUGAGGAGAAAGCCCACUCUGAGGGCCAAACAGUCCAAAAUACAACGCAAAUCAGAAAACUGCGAAGAGAGCUGGACGCUUCUCAGGAGAAAGUGGCGACCCUGACCUCUCAGCUGGCGGCCAAUGCACACCUGGUGGCAGCGUUUGAGAAAAGUCUGGCAAACAUGACCUGUCGACUGCAGAGUCUAACCAUGACAGCAGAGCAAAAGGAGUCCGAGCUUGCAGAGUUAAGAGAGACCAUCGAGGCAUUGAAAACUCAGAAUACAGAUGCUCAGACGGCCAUUCAAGUUGCCCUCAAUGGCCCUGAUCACGUUCAUAAAGACCUGAGGCUCCGUCGACAGCACUCGUCAGAAAGUAUGUCCAGUAUUAACAGUGCAGCCAGCCACUCCAGUAUGGGUAGCGCUAAAGAUGUAGACGACAAGAAGAAAAAGAAGAAAAGCUGGGGCAAGGAUAAAGAACACAAGGUGGCUGAUUCCAUUCCCGCCCAGUUGCGGAGCUCCUUUAAGCAGGCCUUCAGCAAGAAAAAGACCAACAAGCCCCAAUCACCUCAUGAUGAGUUUGAAGAGAUGACUGACUCCUCCCUCCCUUCUUCACCCAAACUACAACACACCGACAGACAGACCAGCACCACCCAACCACUGCGCUCAUCACCGUCCUCCACAGAAUUGUGUGAAUGUACAGAGGCCGAGGCAGAGAUUAUCCUCCAGCUGAAGAACGAGCUGAGAGAGAAGGAGCUGAAGCUGACUGAUAUCAGACUGGAGGCGUUAAGCUCCGCCCACCACCUUGACCAGAUACGAGAAGCCAUGAACCGCAUGCAGAAUGAAAUUGAGCUGCUGAAGGCAGAGAACGACAGACUGAAGUCUAGCGGCAACACCACACCUGCUGCCACGCCUGUUAAAACGGCCCGUCCGCCUUCAGAAACCUCCAGCACGUCCUCCUCAUCCUCACGGCAAUCUCUGGGGCUGUCGCUGAACAACCUCAACAUCACAGACACCAUUAUGUCAGAUAUUCUGCUCGAUGAUGGCUAUGAGGGCAAUCUACGCAAAGAGGGCAGGAGUGUCCGUAUAGUGGUCACCAUCAACAGCGACUCCAACAAAACCAAGGCUGUGCAGAAGAAGGCGUAUCUGAUUGGCUCCAUUGGCGUCAGCGGCAAGACUAAGUGGGAUGUGUUGGACGGUGUAAUACGACGCUUGUUUAAGGAGUAUGUGUUCCGGGUGGACCCAUUGACCAGUUUGGGCCUGAAUUCGGAUAGUAUAGUGUGCUAUAGGAUGGGGGAUGUGGUCCGAUCUCAUGCCUCCGAGGUUCCUGAACUGUUGCCAUGUGGGUAUUUGGUGGGUGACAACAACGCCAUCACAGUCAGUCUCAAAGGUGUGAAGGAGGGUAGCAUUGAUGACUUGGUGUUUGACACACUGAUUCCUAAACCCAUCAUUCAACGCUACUUAAACCUGCUGAUGGAGCACCGUAGAAUUAUCUUGUCUGGUCCCAGUGGAACGGGUAAAUCCUACCUAGCCACUAAACUAGCUUACUACAUCAUCUCCAAGACUGGUCAAGUAGUGACGGACACUAACCUGGCUCGCUUCAAUGUUGACCAGAAAUCCAGCAAGGAUCUUCGGCAGUACCUCUCAAGCCUGGCUGAGCAGUGCAACACAGAAGAGUGUGAGAUCGAGCUGCCCUCUGUAGUUAUUCUGGAUAACCUCCAUCAUAUUGGCUCCCUUAGUGACAUCUUUAAUGGAUUCCUCAACUGCAAAUAUCACAAAUGCCCGUACGUCAUAGGAACUAUGAACCAGGGUGUUUCCUCUUCUCCAAACUUGGAGUUGCAUCAUAACUUCAGGUGGGUGCUCUGUGCUAAUCAUACUGAGCCAGUGAAGGGCUUCCUGGGCCGAUUCCUGAGAAGAAAGCUGAUUGAAACUGAGAUCGAUAAAAACAUGCGCAGUAACGACCUCAUCAAAAUCAUCGACUGGAUCCCUAAAACCUGGCAACACCUCAAUUCCUUCCUAGAGGCUCACAGCUCCUCAGACGUCACUAUCGGUCCUCGGCUGUUCUUGUCCUGUCCGAUGGAUGCAGACGGUUCACGUGUGUGGUUUACCGACCUGUGGAACUAUUCUGUAGUGCCAUAUCUGCUGGAAGCAGUACGAGAAGGACUGCAGCUGUAUGGAAAGCGGGCAGCAUGGGAGGACCCGUCCAAGUGGGUGAUUGACACCUACCCCUGGAGCUCCGCCUCCCUGCAGCAUGAAGGCCAGUCACUGCUACAGCUGCGGCCGGAGGAUGUGGGCUAUGAUGGCUACAGCUCCUCUAAAGAUGGAGCCACCUCCAAACAAGUGUCUCAGAGCGACACUGAGGGAGACCCACUGAUGAAUAUGCUGAUGAGGCUACAGGAAGCUGCUAACUACUCCAGCGCCCAGAGCUGUGACAGCGACAGCGCCAGUCACCACGACGACCUGCUGGACUCCUCAUUGGAGUCUGCCCUCUAAGCCCCUCCCCAUUAGAAGAAGAAACCUUCUGAUUGGUUUAAAAACAGAGCAAAGGGCCCAUAGGACUUGUGCUUAUGAAACAGGCUUAUGAAACGCCUGACACCUCGGGUGGGAUACGGUGAAUGAAAAGGUGCUGGUGGCGCACACGACACUGGCGAUAAAGCAUGUGUGCCCACAUAAUAAAAAAAACAACAACUGGAAUUUCAAUUUGUUGGAGGCGAUACGUUAGUUAAAAAUGUUUACAGAGGCGAGAGUUUCUUUUAAAUUCACUGAGGUGUAAAAACCUAAAGGGCAACAUUCUGAAUUCUGACCUCAGUUAAUAAACUGGUGCUGCUGUGGUGCCAAAACCAACAUGUGGUUUACACUCAUCUCGCCAGCACCAUUCAGGAAACACGUCUAGCCAACAAGCACAAACGUGCAACGUGUCAUUACCGCUACUGUGAAAUCGUGCGCAAAUUCGCAAAUCACCCCCCUCGUUCCACUGCUGGAAUGAUGGAAUAGGACAGAACGAUCAAACAUUUUCCUAAAGAUGCCACGUCCACAUAUUUUAUUUUUGUUACAAUUUGUGUGUGUGUGUGCCAUUAUAAACGGUCCAAAUGUAUAAAAGUAAAAAAGAUUUUUAUGUACUCCCAGCUGAGCUGGGAUCACUUGAAUCGAGAGCACAAAUCCGACGUGUUGCUUCGCUAGCAUGCUGUUUUUACUUUGCUAUAUGUGUGUACGUGCACGCGAAAAAGUUUUUUCACUUCCGUGUGCCAGUGCUCUUGUAGUUCAUUCAUCCUUUCUUUUAUUUGCUAUGUGGGUUUUGCACAGUUGAUAAGGUGAUUGUAAAUAUCCAAGUCUUGCACAGCCUCUUAAAGAUGCACUCUGCCCGGUCGGUAUGCGUUUCUGCUCUUCUAGUUUAGCAUUACGCUCUUUGUGAUUUACAGAGGAAAAAAAAGCAAACCAGCAACCUGUCCAAACCGUAUAUGUCUUGUAAUGACUGGUUAUUAUACAGAGCUCUAAACUGUACAGUGAAGGGUGAAGUGUUUUUCAAUUUCAGAAAACUUUAGUGUCAGUUUGCUGUUCAAGGGCGUAAAAUCAUUCAGAACGAUUCACUGUUUUAUCUUCGCAAUGCAUCAGAGCCCAACCAUAUCUAACUUGCAUCACACUGUUAAACUUCCUGUCCUGCAGCUUUAAGAAACACUGGUCGCUUUGGAUGUAAAGCCACACCUAAAGACCCCACGAAUGUUUUCUGACAACCGCAAGUUAAUGUAGAACCUGACUGCCGAAAAUAGCCAUUCUAAAGAGCAUUUGAUUGGACAAAAAUGUGUAUGCGCGUCUGUUUUUGUCUGAUUCAAAUGUUUAUGAAAGACAAAAAGCCACAAAACUAUUUAAAACAAAUUUUAAUUUAUUUUUAGUUUAUGAAUAUCGUUGCCCUAGAUGAUAAAAAAUUAAAGAGUGGCAUAUAUUUUAGUUACAUUUUUAAACAAGGGAACAUUACAGUGUUCAAAAUGAAGACAAAAAUUAUAUGAGGACACUUUUGCAAAUAAACUACACAAGUGGUUAAUUUGCUAGGACUUAUUUGUGACUCCACUACAAAAUUACGGUAACCUGAGGCAAAAUUAAUUGCAAAAAAGUUAGUUGAAGGUGUAAUAUUAUUUAUGAAAUGCAACUUGUUUUGGUGUUUUGCUAUGUAAUGCAAUGAUAUUCAAGUUUGACUAAAGUGUGCCUGAGUACUUCUUAGGGCCACUGUAAAUCACUAACGAUUUAGCAAAACUUUUUAACAGAUUAUUACCCAAUUAACUGUGAACGACUUUUCAUUGGAUUAGAUUUUAAGAGUUUGCACAUGUUUACAGUGAAUGAAUCUCUGUUUGUUUGAUGCACAUGGUCAAGAGAUACAAGGUGUUUCAUACAAGGUGCUAUAGGUGAAUCAUUGAAAAGAUCUCUGUAUUACAGUAUUCACAUCCAGCUUCACCUGAACUGCUUGUCACAAAGUAACUCAUUUUUACAGCCACAGUUUUACAGGCUUUGGGUCUUUCCAAUCUACCUUUUUGUUGAUUCAGGAAACUGCUUCUUUAUAAUUCUUCGGCACUACAGCGGUGCUACGUAUUAACCUCCAAACUCUGUGACUCUGUGCCUGAUCCUUUGCUUGUCAACCUUUGUUCAGUGUAGGAAUACUUAAGAGAAACAUUUAUAAGAAGAACAGUAAAGGUAUCAAACUGCCUAAUGGUCCCUUAACCUCAAACACAAAUAGCGAUUGUCCAUGGUACAUCAGAAAUCUUCCUUUCGUUUUCUUCACUGCAAACGCAUCUCUCAAUGAGGGCAGAACAUCGGGGCGACUUUGAAAACGUUUCUUUUCAGGUGGAACAUUUGGUGGUAGAUGUUUUAUAUUUUGUACAUUUGUAAGUAGCAUAUCAUGUAAAUAGAAAGAGACCACAAUUUAAUUCAUCUGGGGGAUUUUGUAGUCUUUGUAAAGCCCUAAUAAAUGGUAUUUGGUGUCACCUGA